CAUUUAAUCUAUUUUAAAACAAUUUCGAAACAGAUUCCUACGUACCCAUACAACAGUACUGGAAAAGCCGCCAUGGAAGUUGCGCCAGCAUUGCCGUUCCCGACGCAUACUACUACCUACGAAGCGCCACCCACAGCGUACAUGCCACACAACUUGGAGGAGAACCCCAUGCGUGUACAGCAUCGCAACACCAGCGUGAAGCUGGAUGCGUUGCGUCUGUUGCGCGGUCGGCUGCACGUUGUCCCGUCCAACGCGUUCAAGACCACUCUGGUGCUGCAUCGAGGGGACGUGGACCGAGAAGCAAAUCCGAGCGGCGGACUCGCCCGUCUCGGCAGCAUGGAAUCGUUGGUUCUAGACUUCCUUGACGCACAGGACCUCGUGCUGCGUGCGUCGAUGGUAUGUCAUCGAUGGACUUCGCUGUGUCGACAAGACGGACUCUGGGAGAAAUUUAUGACGACUCCCGUGGAAGGAUAUCCCCUCCGCCUGCUUCUCUCUCUACCUCCCCAGCCUUCCAUCAUGCCAAAUAUCCAAGUGUACAUGCUGUUCCGGCUGAGCGGGUUAGGUGACGGCCCAUUGCUCGGGCGAGCGUUGGACAACAUACACGCCGAGCACACAAUCGACGAGUCGACGCCUCCCGACGGAAAUGAACCCUUAGCCACGCUGCAUCUGCUGGAAACCACGUCAGUAGUGUCUAUCCACGUGCAGCGCGUCCAACUGCACCGCGAAGAUCGCGCCGACCUCGUCCUCCGCCCUCUUUCUUCGAUGGAAAAUAGCCUGUUCGACGAAGACUUUACUGGUUCGUGUCUAUCGCUCCGCUCGUGGCUUCGUCGGUGGACGGCCACGACGCCGCCGCCGCCGCCCGCGUCGACCGACGUGCUUCGAUCGCUGCUCCAUCAACUUUUACAUGGUCUGGUCGCGCUGGAAGCUUCAGGGCUGACACAUCACAAGGUCAGCAUCCGCACGAUCGCCUUGCAUCCCAUCAAAACGCUGGAACCCAACGGAUCACCCGCCGUCGACCAAAUACUUGCCGAUCAUGAUGAUCAUGGAACGAUGGCCGUCCCGCUGUUGCAAGUCGCCGGCCAUGCGUUCAUCAAACGUCUUCCGCCGCGCCGCGAUCCAGGAGUCCAAGGAGCCCCCCCCCUCAACUUGCAUCACAUGGACGAGUCAUUCCACAACCGCUUCUGGACAUGCAUGAAGAAGCCGCGGGGGGAUGGGGGACUGCGCCGCCACGCCCUCGACGACGACGAAGGCCUGCGUGACAGCGCGCCGUCGCCGCCCUUGAUCAUGCUCGUGUCUUUCAUGCAUUGUGUGCUCGAUAUAUGCAGCCGAGGGCGAUGGGUGACUGCCGACGCCCCUCUGGUCGACUUGACUGUGGCUCCCCCUCCCAACCCCCCAAAUGUUGCGAGUCCGCGCUCUUUGUGGCGGACGCUCCGGCAGCCCACCGCGAGCCUUUUACCAGAUUGCCGUGCGAUGCUGCAAUGCGCCGCUCACUUGGUGUAUACGGGGGCCCCGUCCAUGGCGCCGCUGCUUCGGCAUCCGUACUUUGACCGCCCAACGACGGGGGACUCGGUGCUGCCUGUGGACGCCGACGACGCCGUCGACAGCCACACGUUUAUGGAGUCGAUUAAUCAAUGGUAUGCCGCGGAAUUGCCUCGGUAUAUGGCGGCACCGCAACGAGUCAUCGAGUCUACCCAGCGACGACAUUUUCAAUUCAAGGACGAAGCGUCUCAAAGCUCGACGAGGAGGGGGAAGGGGAGGGGGAAGGGGAUGCUACUGCUUCCCCUGUCGUCCCACCUCGUCCAUCCGUUUCUAGAUGGACCGCUGACGUCGUCGCAGAUGGCGCUCGCCCGCUACGGAUCCAUUUCCGCACCUCGCAACGCAACCUCUCGAUGGCUCCAAAGUGUCGCCAUAUCGCAGGCGGGGACAUUGAAGCGGUUGGACUUAUCGAAGUGUGUGGAUCUAUCGAGCCGCACGAUCUUAACCAGUCUCAACUUGUUUGGCGAGAUUGAGCAACUCAUGGUGCCCAAGGCCAUGCUAAGGGAGCCCACCGUGGACUUCGUCGUGGCGGCCCUCGCCGGCGGCGCGCUGACCAAGCUCCAGGGCGUUGAAACGUCGUUCAAUAUGGCGCUGGCCGCUUUGGAGUCGUCAUACACAGUGCAGCUGCACAUCCUCAAUGGAGUGCUUGGUCGCCCGGACGAGAUAGAUGGGGCUGUGGCUGCAUAGAUGUAGUACUAGUACUAGUACUAGUAGUAGAUUCCUGCGAUUUCUAGAGGAGUGUUUUGUCCACCUACUAGCUAUUUACAAAUAUUAGUUUGUAUACUGCAUGUCAACGAGUUCGUUGUGCCUUGUCACUUGAAGAUUGCGGACGACUGGGAGACGGAUAC